AUGGUACCAAAGUUAUUACUAAUAGCAAUUUUUGGUGUUCAUCAAAUUACUGUAGCCCAUCAGCAGCAUUUAGUUACACUACCAGAAACAACAAUAACAGAAAAGGUUCUUAAAGCAAACGAAACGAUAAUAAAAGAGAAAGAAAAUCAAAAUAAUGGAAAAUCAAAACAGGAACCUCUCACCUUUCGCUACAAUUAUUCUAUAAUUGGACAAAAUGAUUCAGUUGACCAACGUUCUGAAUAUCAAUUGGGAACAAAUACAUUGGGGAAUUAUUUUGUUCAAUUACCAGAUGGUGAAUCUAAAGCGAAAGUAGAAUAUACGGCUGAUGAUUUGGGAUUUCACCCAGUAGUCAGAUUGGAAAUGAAGAAUAAUCAAAGUGAACUGAUAAGCCAUUUUGCUAUUGGAGAAAAUGCAGUGAAAUCAUUGAAUGAAAAUGAUAUGAAAGUUAUUGAAACAACUCCUUUCAAUAUUGUCAACACUACCAAUGACAAAAGUAAUAUUAAAUCUGAUAAUAGUAUAGCAUUUAGUAUUAAAUGUUCAAUAACAAGUAUAUCAUACAAUGAUAAUGAUGAAAUUAAUGAAUCUUUUAGUAAUAGGACAAUAUCUGAUAACAAUCCGAUUAAAAUUGAAGAGACAAAUAAUAAUCCAUCAUUUUCACAAGAGGACGAACGAAAUAAAAGAGAUGAAAAUGAUGAUAGUAUGUUUUUCUUUAAUAAACCAUUUGGUGAUAUAUUUAAAAAUCAAAUUACUGAAUACUUAUCUAAUGCUUCAAGAAGUCAUUCUGAUAUAUUUAAAACAUCAAAAGCUGUACCACACAUGAAUGAAGUUUUUCAUUAUUUUAAUGUACAUCCGGUACCUGAAAUUGAAUCGGAUUAUCGAGAAAAUUCAACAUAUAAUAAUAAUAAUAAUUAUCAAAUGGAGGAUUUUAAUAAGUAUCAAAGUGUAAGUGGUCUAGAUAAUUGGAUUACAGAAUAUUUAGAAGGAACUAAAUCACCAGAAACUUAUUCUAAUAAUAAAGAUGAUUUGCAAGCACUACCAACACGUAUUAAUAUAGUUAAUGAUAAUUCAACAGCAUCCAUAACACAGAGUACUAUAACAAAUGAUUUUACUAAUGAUAAACAAAAAGAAUACCACAACAAAUCCAUUAAUUCAAAUAAAGAUAUUGUUUCAGAUUUUACUGGUUAUAUAUCAGAUCAGGAUGUCCUUAAUAUUAAUGAUGCAGCUGAAGACGCAUCGUUUAAUAUAAGUAAUGAAAGGCCAGAAGAUAAUGUUAUAGCUGAUUCAAAUGCUGUUCAUAGUAAUACAUAUAUUAAUCCACUAAAUGUUGUACAAAUAAUUCCAUCACGUGAAAAAUUCAUUAACAUUCCCAGAUCACAAACUAAAUCAUUGGAUGAAUCACAUGAAAAUGAAGAACGUAAUUUUUCAAAAGAAUACUCUGGAAUAAUACAAGAAGCACCUUCUAGAAGAUUUUUGAAAAAUUUUAAACCAAAAUACAAUGAAAAUCGAGUCGAACUUACAAAAAUUACUGAAAUUGAAGGAACAACGCAAAAAGAGAAUUUAGUUGUUACAUCUAAUCGACAAUACAAAAAUUUAACGCCACUUUUUUAUAGCACCACUGAAGUUAGCGAUAACUUUACAACAUUACUAACAAGUACAGCACCAACUUUUAAAAAAAAUACACGAGGAAAAACUUUUGUAGAAAUUCAAAAAUCUGUAAAUGUUCACAAUAUGCUUAUUCAGGAACAUAACGGCAAAUUUAUUGAACAACAUGAAGAGUAUCGCAAACCUUAUAAAUAUGGUGAAAAAAUUGUUAAUAUCGAUACACAGCCACAACAUAUUACUCAAACCUUUUCCACACGUCAGCCUAUUGUAGUUGACGAACAAUUAUAUGAACCAGUCACGGUGUCACACCCAAGUAAAGUUCUACCGGUUCCUUAUCCUGUUAAGGUACGAAACGAAGAAAACUUCCCCGUAGGAAAAAAAGUUGAAGUACGGAGUAAAGAAUAUAUUCCAACUGGAAAAGAGGCUCUUUUGUCUUAUGCAAAUAAAAAUCCAUUAGAUCUAUACCGGGUUGAUGCACCAGUCAAAGGAUAUGUUUCAGCCGAAAAAAAAUUACUCAAUUCACAACCAAGUAAAGCUAUACCAGCUCCUUAUGCUGUUGAAGUACAUACAAAUGAAUACACUCCAGUUGUGAAAGAUGUUCCAGUUUAUGUAUCAACACCAGCACCAUAUCCAGUAGAAAUUCCAAAACCAUAUCCUGCCGAAAAAAUUGUCGAAAAACCAAUUACAAUUACAGAAAAAGUUCCAAUUUAUGUUAGUAGACCGUAUCCAGUUGAAACAGUAGUAGAAAAAGAAGUACCAGUACCUGUAGAAAAAGUGGUCGAAAAAUAUGUGGACCGACCAUAUCCAGUUGAUCGACCAUAUCCGGUACCCGUAACAGUUGAAAAAGUUGUUGAAAAACCGGUGGCUGUGCAAGAAAUUGUUCAGAUUCCGUAUGCAGUUAAAGUACCACAGUAUAUACCACAACCAUAUCCUGUUGAGAAAAUCGUAGAGAAAAUUGUUGACCGUCCAGUUGAAAAAGUAGUAGAAAAAGAAGUGAAAGUUCCAUAUCCUGUAGUCAUCAAAAAGACUGUAGAAAAACCAGUAGAGAAAAUUGUUGAUCGCCCGGUACCAUAUGCUGUUCCGGUUCCAGUACAAGUACCAAUCGAUCGUCCUUAUCCAGUUGAAACACUUGUUCCAGUCGAAAAAAUUGUUGAAAAACCAGUUAAGGUUGAAGUAGAGAAAAUAGUUGAAAAACCAGUCACAGUUGAAGUUGAGAAAAUUGUUGAGAAAAUUGUUGAUCGACCAGUAACUGUUGAAAAAGUUGUUGAAAAGAUCGUGGACCGUCCAGUGACCGUAGAAAAAAUUAUUAAUAGAGCUAUAUUAAUUCCGGUUCAAGUUCCAGUACCUUAUCCAGUACCAACAGCAUCAGCAUAUCAAUCACACGAUUUUCAUCCUGCAAAAGGAAACUUUUAUGGCAAAUCGAAUGCUUUGCACACUGAUUUUAAUUUGCCUAUUAUAAGUAAUCAUUACCCAGCAACAGAACUGUAUACCUUACUUCAACCCACACCCCCACACCAAAAUGCAUUGAACUUUUUCAAUCAACCUCCGGGACCACCGCAAUCGAUGCAACAAAUGCCUAUUUCAGUGACACUAUUACCGAAACGACCAACAUAUUCGUUUGCUCCGAAAUAUCCACAUUCAUCGCAUCCAAUUAUCAAUAAUAUUCGUUAUCCGAAAAAUUUGAGUCAUAAACCAAUAAUACCACCGGCAAUAUUACAUCAUUCUUUACAAAAAGUAAUUGCAAAUGAUUAUAUUGGACCCGUGCCAGCAGAAAGUGAAAAAUCUUUUUGGGUUGUUGCUCCUGGUCCUGGUUCGCGAGGUUUAUACAAACGUAGUUCAGAUUUUGAAAAGAACUUAAGAGUUGAGUAUGGUUUUAAACCUCCUUUAGUACCAUCAGUCGAAAUUGAUGAUCAAGGACAACCGAUUGAAAAAAAAGAUUAA